UGGACAGCAGAUGACAGGUUCCAUCACUUGAUCUCGAACACGUCGAUGAGAUGAGACGUUGCAAGUCACAUUUGACGUUUCCUACACGCCCAGGAGUGGACGACAGUAGCACCGGUAGGGCUGAACGAUGGCUGCUAGGGUCUCUGGCCUUGGCGCCAAGGCUCGCGGCUGCCUGCCGAGCGUCACUGCCCAUCGCGACUUCCUCAACUGCGACAGUUGUGUUUUCCUCCCAAGGCUACCCCACCACGCCAACCCUCACCAGCCAGUUGCAACCAGCGAGAGGCAACAUGGCGGACCAGCUCAAGCACACGAAGAACAAGAUUGGGGAGCUGAAGCGUAGCCUUCAGCAUGAAGAGGCUCAGCGCGAUGAGUGGGCCAGCACAAUUCCCGCCAUGGAAACGGAGAUUGCGGGCUUGAAGCCUGGCCCCGAGCAGGACGAAUGGAAGAACAUGAAAUCAGACGCCGAACGCUCCGUCGCCGCCUUCAGCGCAACGAUUGCGAAGCUCCAGGAGCAGCUUGCCGCACUCGAGUCUGACCUUCCUCAAGCACCAGAACCUGCAGUGCCCAAGUUCGAUCCCGAGAAGCACCCUCUGCUUCGAAAGACGGUUGAGAAGCAGGAGCCCGAGAAAACCGUCGUCUUCAGCACCGGCGACAUGUGUGAGGCGCAAUGGACCGACAAGUCUUGGUACAAGGCCAAAAUUCAGAGUAUUCUCGGGUCUGUUUCAGCGCCCAAGUACCUGGUACGCUUCAUUGAGUACGACGACACCUUGACCGUCGACCGCAGUGCCGUGCGUCCCCUACCAAGCAAACGCAAGCGAGAGUCGGAGCCCGCUGGUGCGCCUCAGCCAACUGCGCCUGUCACUUCCACUCCGCACGUCAUUUCUGGACCCGCUAGCAUCAAUUCCAAUGCGCAGGCUGCCAAAAACAACGCCACCGAGGACGCGGAGCCGAAGCAGCCUAGCAGAGUUCCCACGAAGAGCGUCCUAAAGAAGAGGGCCACCAACUGGAACGACUUUCAGGCGAAGACUAGCAAGAAGAUGCCCAAGAAGGAGUCCAUGUUCCGUACCAGUACCGAGUUUGGUAGCAGAGUUGGCUUCACCGGGUCCGGCAAGGGCAUGACCGAGACGCACAAACGCACACGCUAUGACCAUAAGGCAGACACUGUAAACGACGACGAGUACAACGAGACUGCCCCUACGAGCCGCAAACGCUUCUGAACGGCGUACAGCGAGUCACAUAAUCAUCUUGUGACAUAGGCAGAUGUUCUGGCGCUUUGGCUUAGUAGUCAUCUACAUCCUACGCGAUCACGCAAAGCUUGUUGGCUUCGCACGAGAUGGGUC